CAUAUCAGGGGAAGCAGUGAGAGGGACUCAGCACCUCCUCAUCUCGCUGGGGUACAAAGGGAGAGCAGAGCUUUUUGAGUCACUAGGCACCUUCCCUCUGGGAUCCGGGCCUCGGUGGAUGCUUCUGUCCCGGUGCUGUGGGGGUUAAGGUGGGCGCCCGCGCCCCGCACCCGCCAGGAUGAGCGUGCAGCAGUCCGCGCCACCCGCCAGCCGGCUUGCUCUGAGUCGACACCGGGAGAAAGUGGUGGUCAGGGAUGCUGCUGCUGCCAUGACAACCCCGGAGGUCCGGGCCCGCGCGCGUCGGGGCUGCUCCCCGGAGGAAGGCGGCGCGGAAGCUGGGGGCGGCCGCUGAGCGUGGCGUCCGCGCGUCCCCGCAUCCCGUGCAGCGUCCCUGGAGGAGGCGGGGGCCGCAGUCCGCUCGCUCAGCUCCCCGCGCUAGAGCCUGCGCCACGGUGCUCCGCGGGCUGGCGAGGGCCGGGCUGGCAGGACUCGCCCACUGGGCUACCGGGAGGACAGCCUCGGAGCGGAGGAACUGGGCUACACCUGCUGCGGGUCACCGUGUGGAACUUUUUAUCGCCUUGGGGUCCAGAUCCGAGACUCGGGGCUGUUUUCUAACUCCAUCCAAACAUGUGUGUGAUCUAAUAAAACAUGUUCUCCUCUCCUUGAAAUCGGGAGCUUUUAUUUUUUAUUUUUUAUUUUUUUUACGACAUCUCCUUUCUGUCAGAGACACUUGCCUUCUUUGGGUUAUAAACUUUUGAUGCCAGACCUCUGCAGAAUGCGCCCAACUGAAUCUUAAAGUAGCUUCACCGAGAGAGGCAGAGAACGCACAAUCUGUGACCUUCGUCCCUGCUCCUUUUUUGUGUUCUCCCUCCUCCCGGGCUCCCUCCGCCCCAGGGAGCGUUGAGAAAGCUCUUUUUUGGAUGCAGGAGGGGGCAUCUGGUUCUGCCAGGCUGGAAAGCUGAGGCUGGAGCAGAGGAAGACUUAUUAGACUCCGGAGAGCCUGGACUCAGCCUUGCCUUCUCCCGCUCCCAGCUCCUGGUUUGCUCUCUGUGUGCUUUCGUCCCUCAACACUUCCGGCUAUUCUGAGAGGGCAGGGGACAAGGACCGUGCAGCUGCAAGAGUUCUAGGAAGUUGUGGCUGUCGAGAAUGGGGGUCUGUGGGUACCUGUUCCUGCCCUGGAAGUGCCUCGUGGUCGUGUCUCUCAGGCUGCUGUUCCUUGUACCCACAGGAGUGCCGGUGCGCAGCGGAGAUGCCACCUUUCCCAAAGCUAUGGACAACGUGACGGUCCGGCAGGGAGAGAGCGCCACCCUCAGGUGUACCAUAGAUGACCGGGUCACCAGAGUAGCCUGGCUAAACCGCAGCACAAUCCUCUACGCUGGGAAUGACAAGUGGUCCAUAGACCCUCGAGUGAUCAUCUUGGUCAACACGCCUACCCAGUACAGUAUCAUGAUCCAGAAUGUGGAUGUUUAUGACGAAGGUCCGUACACCUGCUCUGUGCAGACAGACAAUCACCCCAAAACCUCCCGGGUCCACCUCAUAGUGCAAGUUCCUCCCCAGAUAAUGAACAUCUCUUCAGACAUUACUGUGAAUGAAGGAAGCAGUGUGACCCUGUUAUGUCUCGCAAUUGGCAGACCAGAACCAACAGUGACAUGGCGACACCUGUCAGUCAAGGAAGGCCAGGGCUUUGUGAGUGAAGAUGAAUACCUGGAAAUCUCAGACAUCAAACGCGACCAAUCUGGAGAGUAUGAGUGCAGCGCCUUGAAUGAUGUCGCUGCACCUGAUGUUCGGAAAGUAAAAAUCACUGUAAACUAUCCUCCCUAUAUCUCAAAAGCGAAGAACACUGGCGUUUCAGUCGGCCAGAAGGGCAUCCUGAGCUGUGAAGCCUCUGCUGUCCCCAUGGCUGAAUUCCAGUGGUUCAAGGAAGAUACCAGGUUAGCCACUGGCCUGGAUGGCGUGAGAAUUGAGAACAAAGGCCGCAUAUCCACUUUGACUUUCUUCAAUGUCUCAGAGAAGGAUUAUGGGAACUAUACCUGUGUGGCCACAAACAAGCUUGGGAACACCAAUGCCAGCAUCACCCUGUAUGAAAUAAGCCCCUCAUCAGCAGUGGCAGGGCCUGGAGCAGUCAUUGAUGGUGUAAACUCGGCCUCUAGAGCACUGGCUUGUCUCUGGCUCUCAGGGACCUUCUUUGCCCACUUCUUCAUCAAGUUUUGAUAAGAAACCUUAGGUCCUCUGAGCAUCGCCUGCUUCUCCAUAUCACAGACUUUAAUCUACACUGCGGAGGGGCAAACCAGUUUGGGCUUCUUUUUGGUUAUUUUUUUGUUCUUCUUGACUGUUUAGUUUUUUGGUUUGAUUUCUGGGAUUUUCAAUUUGAUUUGAUUUUUCUUUUUUCGUUUGAAUGGACGGGGUUGGGGGUUGGGAUGGGCAGGGUUCUACCACGAGUAGGAUAAUCAUUCAUUGGUGGGCCCCCAAAUGGAAUAUAUUCCUGCUACCUUGGCCUUCCUUUUCUCUACUUCUCUUCCUACCACCAUUAACACACAAACACACAAGCACACGCCCUAAAGAUGGCCUAAAAAAUGUCCCAUGACACGCACCCUGAAGGUACAACUUGGCCCACAGUGCAGUACACAAUAAGAGUUGCAUCUACAUUUCCUGUUUUCUUUGUCCUUUAAGUUUUCAAUAAGACAGUUUAAAAAGAGCACAUCCUUAUCCCUAUGUUUGUAUCACCUAUCCCAUUAAGCUGCACACCUUUUCUAAGAAACUUUCUUACUACAUCCUCAAUGUGCACACAUGUACAUUCUCAUAAAAAUUUUACCAUCUUCUCUGGCCAUUCUGCUUAAUCUGCAUUUUUUCCACUAGCAGUAAGACUUACAGGCUUGAUGAAAAUAUACAUGUAUCCAAAGCUACAAAUUUAGGAGUCACGAGGGAAGUCUAUCUAGGGGUAGUACUUCCCUUAAAAUGCUAAUGCAACUCAUAAAAAAGUGAUCAAUAGCUAGCUAAUUAUAUCAAGCUAUCAAAGCAAUCAUAUUAUUAUCCAGUUACUCAAUUGAUUUCUCUCUCCAUCUCCUUCUACAUACCUAUCUUUCUUAUAAUCUAUUUGUUCAAUUUAUCUAACUACUCUUUUUCUCUUCCCACUGCACUAUCCAUUCAUCUCAUUUAAAUCUCUAAUCAUAUUGUGACUGUGCCCUUAUAUUGUGUCUCUGCACUACCACCAAGACAUUGCCACCUUCAAAAUUGCCUAGCAACUUCUUAUGUGAAAGCCAGUAAUGUCACGGGCUAACUACCCAGAAGAACAAUUUCCUAUACCAUGGAUCCUUGGGAAUGCACUAACCCAUCCACCCAAAUUAGGCCUUGUGAACAGAUGGACCAAAGUAGCAAUCUAUGGAUCAGUCACUCAUGAUUUUCCGAGAGACUGUUCCCUUAGCCACCUUCUCAGGAGGCAGGUCAGCCCCGAAGAAGCCUUGAUUAUGCUGAAUUUCUCCUUUAACAGCUGGAAAAUUAAGGUACCAACCCUGUGCUUCUCUCAGCCUUUCAAGAAAAGUACAUGUCAGGAACUUGGAGAAACUUCUUCAUGGCUGGCUUUUAUUAGCAGAAAGAACCUGACCAAAAAAAAACCAAAAAAAACAAAAAAACAAAAAAACAACAACAACAACAACAAAAAAAAACCAAACCCAUAUAUCUAUCCCUUCGAUUUAAAGACAGCAGUCCAUCAGCUGAAGUGUGAUAACUAGAGCCCAGCAUCUCCCUUCUGCUCCAGUUUUGAUUUGAAUUGUUUGAAAAUUAUCCAGCAAAGGGCUGAUGGAGGCCAAUUAUGUGGCGUGUGUGUUGACAACUGUGGUAUUUGUUUCAGAAAGCUCUUCUGAGCUGAGGGCACUUGAGCUACUGACUUAAUUUCCAAGCACUUGAUUAACACAACAUGGCAAACAGAGGGGGAAGUGGAAGUAAUACUGUUUUCCUAGGCUGUUUCUCUAGAGGUUUCCAGGAUAAAAGUUCCCAAAUUCCUAGGUUCAAAGUAGGCCUCAUGUACAAAGAUUGGAUUCCACCUCUCAGCAUUCUCUUGAGCAAAGAAGAACCCAGCCAACAAGGGAGACUGAAGUUCAAAGGAACAUCAUUAAAGGUCACAAGAGGCUCUCUGGAGAGAAUGUCUUACUGUGAAAUUGAGAAAGAGCACCAGCAGUGACUUUCUUAAAGACAUGUCUUGCCUCCCUCAGGGACCCUUUUAAGGUCCACCCCUAAAAAGUAAAUGACUGCGGGCUCCUUUAGAGUUCAUUUCCCUUAGAGCUUAACCACUUGUUGCAGUAUAACUGCCCACUCUAUGGCACUAUGGCCCCACAAAUACAAUACCCACAGUAGGAGCAUAUAUACCUGUGUAUAGAUAUUCACAUAUAUACAAAUGCAGGCUCCCUUGGCAUACAAAAGCUCGGCACUGUCAUAAGAGAUAGAGCUGGGGUGAGCAAAAUUAAUACUCUUCUUGCCAGCUGUAAACAGACAUCUGCAUUUCCCAGCGAGCUGCCAAGAACGAGACUCUGGGAGCAUAAAUGAUGUGCCAAAAGCAGUCUAUUUAUUCCAACUUCCAGAAGCAAUCAGGAGCAGGCACGAAGUCAGAAUUACAGGUCGGAUAUAUGAAUUUCAGAUCUGUCACCAUGCUCAGCACCUGGGAUUGGGUUGGUGUCAAGCAUUGUAUGAGACAUAAACAUGGCAUUUGCGUUUUCUACUAAUACUACAGUCAUUGCUUUGGAGAAAAGGAAAUGUGGAUGCCAUGGAAACUGAAAAGUGUUGGGUGAUGUGCUGCUCGAAAUGGACAAGCCCAAAUUGCUCUUCACCACCUUGGGCAAGCAGAUCAUCAGAAGCCCAAUUGAGUAUGGACUCAGGGUCAUCAUGCCUCUCUGCCGUGCCUACUUUCACUGGAAACUAGAAGUUUCUCUGGUGGUUACUUAUUCCACCCAAACUUCAGAAGGAAACACAUGUUCCAGACAAUCCUCCUCUGUCUGGGAAAAAUAAAGCCCAGUAGAAAUGACGUAAGGUAACUGGGCACCAGAUAUGAAAGUGACUUCCUUACAGUAAACAUGCCCCAGCUCUUGUUAUUUAAGUGACUUUGGUAAGGAUGCCUCCAUGUGAUGGGGCCUGAUUCCCCACACUCGGAAGCAAAUACAACAGCAAUUGCUUACUAAAAACAACAUACACACUUACACCAGCCCGGAAGCAAAUACAACAGCAAUUGCUUACUAAAAACAACAUACACACUUACACCAGCCCGGAAGCAAAUACAACAGCAAUUGCUUACUAAAAACAACACACACACUUACACCAGCCUUUCCAACUCUACACAAAGAGAGUGGAUGGAUCAGGCCCACUAGACAGUUUUAUUUAGCUUGCCAAGAGUGAGCAUGAGGAAGGUAUAAGGUUAGGAAAAAAAGAAUCACAUUACUCUAUGUAGCUGGUAGAACAUUGUGGGUUUUCUAAGUGAAAACCAAAUACAGUUCAUCAAGAGAUUAGGUGAAAGGAAGUCAGCAAAAAUAGACAUUCUAAAACUUCUCCCCUUCCCAAAACAAUGCUAAUUUGUUCUUCCACCAAAGUAAUGCCAAUGAAAGUGCCAGUGUUAUGCCUCUGGCAAAGCCUGGUUUUUGAGUAGUUUAAUGUCAAGUGCCUGAUACAGUCAUCUGCAAGUUUAAUCAAGGGUGUUUGGAUUUUCUUUUUUGUUCUCAUUGGGAAGGUUGGAGAUGUAGGGAUUACUUGUCCAAACAUACACAGCUCUUACACAGAGAGCUAGGUACAUGGCUCUUCUGCAGUGGGCUAUGCUAUGUUCAACAGACAGAAAUGGACAUCUGUAUGUCACCAAGAUGGCUCACGCCUGUCCUUACACUGCUUUGUGCUGUUGUUCACAGGUUGGGAAGUUAGUUUUUAAAGUAUGGAUUGCUAGGAUCCUCAUAACUGAGGGUGCGUUUUAACAAUCUCUUUUUAUAUCCACCUGGUCAAGUUGUCCUCAGCAAGAAGAAAUAGCAAAUCUACCCACAAUAAGAAAAAUGUCAAUAGAGCAGACCGCCCCCCCCCAAGUGGACACUUGGUCCUAUAGAAUUUAUCACAGUCACAGCCACUGGAUGAGGAAUGGUUGGAAAUUGCAUACUAAUGUUUUGACUGAUGCUUCCAGGGUCAAAGAACACAUGUUCUUAGUAGCCUGUAUGGCUAUUACCAGCCCCAUAAGAAAUGGUGGGGAAGAAUAGUGAAGAAUAUGAAGAAGUGAAGGAGUUAUCUGCCCCCAAUUUGAUGCUGAGUUUUCACCAGGAUUGAAAAAACAAAUGGUUUGACAAUACCCAGAAUACCCCUUUCCUCUCCAGAGCUAUUCUUGUUGGAAUUAGAGGAAGCAACAUAAUUCUUACUUUUAUUUUUUUCAGGGCAAAAUGUAUUUUUCUCCAACAGCAAGAAUAUUUGGGUUUUCUUUGGCACAAGCCUCAUUUCUAGAAAUCCUCAUGUCCGAUUGCUUCCCCCUUAUUAUCCAAAGCUUCGCUCUCUCUUUCUUUCAAGACAAAUACGUUUAAGUAGCUGCAGUCGCACCUCACAGGUGUUCAGAGAGAAGGGCGACACUGUACCGGAUGCCCUAUGACUAGAACUUCUAAUGACCACACAGAAAGCAAACAAAUAAAAAACGCCAGGCUCAUUUCCCUCAUUUCUUACUUAACAGAAGAGAAGUAAAUGAAAGGAAGAAGAAAUAGAUUUGGUAAUUAAAAAUGUGGCAAGACGAUAAAGCAGAACCGGUGUGAUUUAGCCUUCAGGUGCAGAAAUAUGGAGUCCAAAAGAACGUGGAGUGGACUUCAUUAGAUGCAAUUGUCUUCAUAGUGAAAGUAGCCAGCUAAACCCAAUCUCCGGCAUUUUGGAAGAGACUUCCCGCACCCCCUCCUGUGAGUGCUGCCCUUUUCAGGCAUAUGGUUGUUCCACACCACUAGGUGGAGAAAGAAGGAUUGAGAGCUUCCCACCGUCCUGGUGGGGCUCCAUCCUACGUUAUUUGGCAGAGUAUAAGAAUCUCAAUAAUAACAAUGGUAAGUAUUACUAGCUGCCCUUGUGUUAGUGAAGAGGAACAUUUUUAAUCAUUCAGAAAUUUUCGUGACAUGUAAAGUGCAAUUGUGAGGAAUGUGUGGGUGUACGAAAAUGUAUCUGUCAAGUUCAGAGUCCUCUAGAUUAAAAAGAAAACUUAUAUGAUUAUCAAUGGUGCCGUUAAUAGAUGUGUUGGACAAUGGGUGUACCCCAUUUUUGCAAUUAUUCUCAAAACAAAUCUAUGUUCAGAUGCUUUAAAAUUUUAUCACAUGAUACAAAAAUAUAACUUUGUCAGCCUUUAAAAGUUCUUUCUUUCUUUUACUUAUUUUUUUUCCUUCAAAAAUCAAUGAAGACUUGAUUUCUGUCACUCAUUGUAUUGAGGGUGAAUAUACUACCUGAAUUUUGUGCAUGUUACAUUGUAGUUGUAACCUUUUCUAAUUCAGGAUGAAUACAAGAUGGUUGUGAUUGUGCAGUGUAUCAAUAAAGUUUGAAGAAAUUUGUAACUUU